AUGCUUGGUCUCAUCAAUGGUGCUGAGUCACCUCCGUUUCGCACUAUUCUUGCUGCUGAUGGUUCUACUGUGGAUAAUCCGGUGUUUGAUCUUUGGUAUGAUAAGGAUCAAAGCCUGAUGAUUUGGAUUAUCUCCACUCUAUCUUCUGAUCUUCUCUCUUAUAUUGUGGGUGUCGAGACCUCCCGUGAUCUUUGGACCUCUUUGAGAAACGUUUCGCAGAUGAAGGAAAUUGUUGCUGGUUUAGGAGCGGCUAGCCACCCCCUCACUGAUGCUGAUCUUAUGGCUUACAUUCUCGCUGGUCUUCCUGAGGAAUAUGACUCCUUUAUGACUUCGAUUGAAACUCGUAGUGAUCCGAUGUCUUCUGAUGAGCUCCAUGGAUUCUUGCUUGGUCGUGCGGCUGCGAUAUUGCGGUGCAAGAAUCAUGCCUCUAUGUCGAUCACUCCUGAACCGUUCCAUGCCUACGCGGCUGUUUCGAACAACCCUCAUUCUUCUCAAGCGUUUUCUAACAACCGAGGUCAUGGCCGCUUCCAAUCUCCUUCUCAAUUUUAG